UAAAUCAGGAUUAUUUCUCUAAUCAUCCUCAGAUCCUUCAGGUGUAGCAAAGAUGACUUCGAUCAUACCCUGAGAAGUUGUUUCCAAGAAUUUUGGUUUAAAUUGCUUCUUUUAACUGGCCUAAAAUUCUGAUUUUCAAGAAUUCGUCAGAAUGUCGACCAGAAGAUUAUAAUAAAUUUCUAAUAUUUAAAGGAGAAAAUUAUGAGAAUUACAAUAAUAAAAUAAUGAAAACAUCAAUUAUCUUCGUGCUGACAUUGCUUAUUGCUAUUUCCACUGUAGCUGCCUUCAGAUUCAGACAAGGAGGUCCCCCAGGAGGUCCACAAGGAAGUGAUAUGGGUCCCCCACUAGACUCAAAUGGAACUGAUAGCUCUGAUUGGGAUAUGAGCGGAGAUGGCGGCUGUGGCGGCCCAGGCGACAUGAGCGGCUUUGGCGGAGAUAACGGAACUGAUUUCUCCUAUGAUGGUAGCGACAUGGGACCAGGAGAUUUGAGCGGAGACUUCGACCCAAGUUCAAUGAACAUGAGCGGACCACCACCACAAGACGGAAACGGAACUGUUACCAGAAGGAUGCAAACCUUCAGAAGACUCCAGAGCUUGAGACAAUAAAUCAAUAAGAAUGGAGCUCAGGCGUAACCGCUCAGCUCAUUC